UACUUGUAAUGUAUUAAGAAACCACAAUUUGUGUCGAUCCAAACUAUUCUGUUGUAUUGUGGUUUGUUUUAUUGACAAUGGCAACAAGUUAACAUUUAUUAUGCAGGUAAGCAAACAUCAGAAUGUUGUAGCGUCACCGAAUGAAAAUCAACCACAGGCCAAAAAAGGAAACCCAAAAAUACUAAAAUAUGUUGGAUUGAUAAAGAUUUCAGAGUUUAUAAGUUCUUAAGAACAGUGUAGAAGUGAUGGAUUGCACAACAAAUGAAGAUUAUAAAAAUUUGCGAGUGCGGGCUUGGAGUGAUACAAAAGCUAUAGUCCACAUUAAUGGGAUAUUUCGAGAAAUUGAUAGACAACGUAUCGAGUGCACUCCAUUCAAGUGGUGUCUUCAAAUCAACUACCCAAUUGAGUUCUUCAAUCCUCUUUUCAAGGAAAUGCUAAUACGUUGGGUUGGGCGAAAUGAUUGUUUUGUUUUAAAGCAAACCCUUGUGCCAUUUACAGUUGCUGAUGUGUGCAUAGGAUUAGGGUUGGGUGUGGGUGGUAUAGACGUCACUUUUGAUGAUGAGUUAGUUGGUGUUGUUUGUCAAGGAUUUUGUUCGAAUUCUUUUACUGUUAAAGAUGUCAUUCGUAGGAUAGAGUUGUUAAUUGAAAACAACAUCAUGAAUGUUGAUUAUGUCUGUCGGUUGUAUAUUUUACUUUGUUUCACUGUUUUUUACUUCCCUAGACAUUCAAAGGCAAUUACUAACAUGCCUUUUACAUGUUUGGAUAACAUUGAUAAUUUGUAUCAAUAUAAUUGGGCAAAAGCUGUUCACACGUAUGUGGUAAAUAGUUUAGAAAAUGCUUUAAGGAUGUUAAAGCAAUGUGUCAUCAAGGACUCCUUAAGCCUUAGUAGCAAUGUUGCAGUGUUGCAGGUAAGAAAUUUAAUGUAUCAUUCUCAUUUUAUGUUGUUGGAAAUAUGUUUAUUAUAUAAUUAUCAUUUUGGUUAUUGUAUGUUUAUUAGCUUUGGACCGUUGAACUUUGGGAUUAACGGAUGGUCCAAAUGA